UAAAAACAAUGUCCCUGUCCCGUGUCGAAAAUCCGUGUUUUCUGCUCUUCCUGCUGCUCUUCCAAGCGAUAUUUAUCCUGAUACUGUACCAAGGUGGACCUUCAAAUGUGAUCCGUGGGUUUUUAGAAUCCCCUCAAAUUCAGGAUUACUCAAAAACUCAUGAUGUCUAUACAAACCUCAGCCUUUUUACCCAAGCUCCUAACGAAGAAACUAUGCCGUACUGCUCAGUACAGUCACCAAUACUUGUUGGUCCAUUAACCAUCACGUUCAGGGUGCUCCCAAGUGAGAGAAUGAUCGUUCAAAAAAAUCCGCUUGUCCACUCUGGUGGCUGUUAUAGACCCCCUCACUGCUUGGCCCGCUACAAAUCAGCCAUCCUUGUAGCAUACAGGAGCCAGGAGAGAUACCUCCGCCACUUCCUUUACUAUCUUCAUCCUUUCCUGCAGCGCCAGCAGCUGAGUUACAGCAUCUACUUGAUUCAGCAGGUUGGGAAUGGUACAUUUAACCGAGCAAAGCUGCUUAAUGUUGGGGUCCGGGAAGCCAUGAAGGAUGAAGAUUGGGACUGCCUUCUCCUACAUGAUGUGGACCUAAUACCUGAAAAUGAUUAUAAUCUAUAUGUUUGUGAUGAAUACUAUCCCAAGCAUAUGGCUAGUGCCAUGGACAAGUUUCAGUACAAUCUGCCAUAUAAGUCCUUUUUUGGGGGUGUAUCUGCUUUGACUCCAGAGCAUUAUAUGAAGAUGAAUGGCUUUCCAAAUACAUACUGGGGCGAUGAUGCUGAAAAUGACGACAUUGCUACAAGAAAGCUAACUAAAAGAGUAUACAUUUUUUUUAGCAAGUCAGCAUUUACUGAGGAAUGGAAUGCCAGGAAAACAGAUCUUUAAAUCAAACACUACAGUGCUGAGUCUAUUCAGCUCUUCUCUCAGUACAGCUUAGGCGUUUAGUGUGGCUUUCAAGUACCAGUGGUGAAGAGACAUACAAAUUAUAUGUAAGAGUGCACUUCCUUACAGAUAUCACUUAAGGUAAAUGGGUUAUAUAGAGCACAAACUAGUCCUUUCCUGAAGGUAGGCGAGUCUUGUGUUGUUCUGUGAAAACUUAUGCCAAGGAUUAGCAGUUCUAUGGCUCAUAGGUACCUACAGGUCAGGGGCAGUGACUGUUAAUGAUUUAUUCAACUUUCCAAAGUCAGGAACUGAGCUGGCUGUUUUUGAAUGGCCACCAUGAAACAGCUCCUGGGAUCUGAAUAUUAG